CAGGGCUGCCUUCGAUUCGUUAGACAGGACUGUUCUCUGUGAUUGUCUAUUGACGAAGGGUGUGCCUGAGAAGUUUAUUAACAUCCUAAAGGCCCUAUAUACAAACACCUCAGGUAGAGUGAGGGUAUACAACCACCUUUCUCCAUUGUUCCAUUCAAGCAGAGGGGUUAGGCAAUGUUGCCCAAUCUCACCAUUCCUCUUCAACUUUGCCAUCGAUGACAUUCUGGAAACAGCUCUGAUGAAUGUAAGUAAUGGUGGUGUGGACCUGUUGCCUGGAGAAAGACUUCUCGACCUUGAGUAUGCAGAUGAUAUUGUCUUACUGAGCGAUAAUGCCCAAGCCAUGCAAUCCGCACUUAAUCAGUUGGCAAUUAGUGUCCGUAGUUAUGGUAUGUGCUUUGCACAUUCGAAGUGCAAAGUACUUUUACAAGACUGGCAGGAUUCUAAUCCUGUACUCACCCUGGAUGGUGAGCAGAUAGACGUAGUCGAGAAGUUCGUGUAUCUGGGUAGCUGCAUAAGUGCUGGUGGGGGUGUGAGUGAUGAGAUCAAUGCACGCAUAGUGAAAGUCAGAGCUACUUAUGCUAAUCUGGGCCAUCUUUGGCGCCUUCGUGAUGUCAGUCUGGCUGUAAAAGAUCGGAUCUACAACGCGUCGGUGAGAGCAGUUUUGCUCUAUGCUUGUGAAACCUGGCCUUUCCGAGUUGAGGAUGUUAGACGACCUUCUGUGUUUGAUCAUCGCUGUCUUCGAAGGAUUGCUGACAUUCCAUGGCAACAUCAUGUUAGUAAUGCAGAGGUUCGGCAUCGUGUGUUCGGGCCGAGUGACGAUAAUCCGAUUGGUGUCACCAUCUUGAAACACCGACUUCGGUGGCUUGGACAUGUUCUGUGAAUGUUGUCCCGGAGAAUUCCACGUCGUGCAUUAUUUGCCGACGCCGGGACUGGUUGGAAAAAGCGGAGAGGUGGUCAGUGUAUAA